AUGAGCACUCAGGCCGUCGACGACGUCCGUACAGAGGGAAAACGCACGUACGCUAUCGUUAUAUGCGUUUUCGCUGCACUUGGCGGUCUGUUCUUCGGCUAUGACCAGGGUGUGGCCUCGGGCGUGCUCAUUAUGGACUCAUUCAUUAACGACUACUGUGUCGGGUGGCACAACUUCACGUACGAGCAGUGCACAUCUGCAUCAUCUAAGAUGCCAGCCGAGUGGACGUACUUUACGGUAUGGUACAAUAUAACCUACAAUUUGGGCUGCCUCGGCGGUGCCUUUAUCGGAGGUUUUGUGGCCGACAAGCUUGACCGUCGAGCGACUAUCUUCUGUGCAGGCUUGCUCUUUUGUGUCGGUACUUUGUGGCUUUGCUUCAACCGUGCACAGGAUCAUGUGCUCAUGUACAUUUCUCGUGUGAUACAAGGCCUCGGUGUGGGCAACUCAUCGUUUUCACUACCGCUUUUCGGUGCUGAAGUGGCCCCCAAGGAGUUGCGUGGCCUACUCUCAGGCUUCAUGCAGAUGACUGUCGUGACGGGAAUCUUCCUGGCCAACGUCGUAAACAUCAUAGUGGAGCACCGUGAGCGAGGCUGGCGUACAACGAACGGAGUGGCCAUGGCCGCUCCUCUGAUUGUCGUGAUUGGCAUCUUUUUCGUGCCAGAGAGUCCCCGCUGGACGUACCUGCACAAGGGCAAGGAGGCAGCGGAGAAAAAUCUCAAGCGUAUUUGA